AUGUCUUCUAUUUUUAUCUCCCACAGUUUGGUGCCCACGCCGAAACGAAAGAAAGAAUCAUCGUUCGCGAUCCUCGCGGAGGCACCGAUAUCAAGGCCGACCAGCCCUAGGUCGCUGCCUGUUGACAUCAGGGCACGAAGGGUAUCGCCGUUUAGAGGUAGCGGUUUUCGGGCAGAGACAUCCAGACACAACACCCCAAAAACUUCCACAACAAACUCAAGAGCUAACUCGCCUCCCAGAAGAAGAACUAACUCUUUGUCCAGGAUUGACAAGAUGGCCCAAACGGCCACCCUUCCAUUACCUUUACAUAUAUUGCCCAGGCUUCAUUCUCCUAGAAACUUUGUGAAGGAAAACAUUGAAGGAGUAAGAGAACUAAGCGAACUGAAUAGAGAAAAAAAUGAGGCUGAGGCAGAAAAGAAGAGAUUAGAAGAAGAAGAGGCUAUCCUCAAGGAAAUGGGAUUACUAGAGAGGAGUAAAUUUGGUUCUAAGAGUUCUGUAGGAUCAAAAGCAAAUUCCAGAAGUAACUCGCCAAGUAAACUUCAUUUAAGAUCAAGGUCUAACUCCCCAUCUGCAAUAUUACAUUAUGAAAACAUACCCGCUGGCAGCCGGGAGAUUAUAAAUGGUGAUGAUGGAAUGAAAAAACCUGUAGCGCACAGAUCUAGAGUACGAACUGUCUCAAAAUCUCAACCUCAGUCGCAGGACGGCUCACCAAAAAACACGAAAAUACCUCAACGCCAGAGUUCAGAGUCGCCAUCACGGCCUAGCAGUAAACGUGAUAUAUAUAUUUCCAGAAAACCUUCGGAAAUCAGUCUGAAUAAAAAUCAAAGAUUUAUAUCAAGCAGCGCAAGCAGUAUACAUGAAACUAUUAGGAUUGGGAGCCAAGUUCAUGAUAAAAGAGCUAGUAAAAGCACUCAAAAUUUAAACAUAUCUCCAUCACACAUUAAAGGAAAACCACCCAUUUCUCCCGGUAGAGGAGGACCACCACCUGUAAAUAAGGCCCUCAGUACUAAACGUUUGUCUCCAAUAGUCGGUACGCCAAAUAAAAGUCCGAUUGAUGAUUUAAAGCCAAAUUCGGCUAAAACGUCAGUAAAACCGAUUCCAAUGCCAAGAAAAAAUGCAAAAACUGCUGGUAAUACACCUGCUACAUCUAGAAUAAAUUCUAGACAGCCCAGCAGAACUGCCAGCAGAGAACCCAGUCCUGAGAAACCAAAUCAACGUAAAACUAAACCUGUCACAAAACCAGGUACUUCAACCACAAAACCAGUUAACCGAGUACCCAGCGUAAAAAGUACUCAGAAACCGCCGGUUGCGAAACCAGAACCAAAAAAACCCAUAAGUCGAACAAACAGUGUGAAAAGCAUUGUAAGAACUCCAAGCACAAAAAGUUUGAACGAAAAGCCACCUCUAAAGAAGGUUAAUAGUAUUAAAAAUUUAUCAGAAAAAUCUCAAUCUAUAAAUAAAAUUAAUGAAGUUAGCCGAAGAGACUCUGUGAAAAAUGUUAAAAAAGGUACGACUGAAACCAGAAAGAGUAAAAUGGAAAAUAAAAAUACACAAAGUAUAGAAUCAAUGACUGACCUACUGGAAGUACCCAAACAAGACAACGAGACGCAAUACGAUAAAAUUACAAACGACAAAAACGAACUUGUGAUACUAACGAAAAAAAAUAUUAUAUCAAUGACAACAGCCGCGAUAACAUCACAGCCCCUUGAAGUUGUAACUAAAGUAACAAACCAAUUACCCGCUGCCUUUGAAAAGGCAAGAGAAAAAGGUAUAUUUGAGAGGCUUAGUUCUAAAGACUCACUAGUUGGUAAAGAAGAAACAUCAGAAGUUGGGAAAUCCGAGAAAGAAAAACCUAAGGAAAAAGAGCAUAAAAAACAUGAGCAGAAGAAAAUAAACGAAGACGAUAAACAUGAUGAAAAGAAACCCCCAAAACAUCCUAAAACCACUCAUGAUAAAAUUAAUACUCAUGACAAAGAGUCUACUGAUAAAAAUAUUGUUCAUGAUAAAAAUGCCGCUCAUGAUAAAAAUACUCUUCAUGAUAAAAGUAUCGCUCACGAUAAAAAUACUGUUCAUGACAAAAAUAUUAUUCACGAUAAACAUAGGCACGAAAUUAAAUAUAAACCUAUAUUUGAUGGCGAUAUAAAAUUAAGACCUUUGCUACCCCAUAUGUUGGACGAUCCACAGGUAGAACGUGCAAAACAGAAAAUAGAAGCUAUUUUAAAAGAACCCGAAGUGUCCCCAGAAAAUAUUCUAACAGCAUCUGCCAAAUCCAGAGAGUUGAAAAACGCCGCAAAAGAGAUUGCUGAAAAAACAAAAUCAUUAAAAGAAGUAGCUGAUAAGACAAAAGCGGAUGUCAAAGAAGCGAAAGACGAAGCAGCGACUAAACUCACAGAGAUAAAAGAUCAACUUGUGAAACAAAAUGAGAAAAUGUCAGAAGAAAUUCGCACAGAAGCAACAAAGAUUGUAGAUAGCAUCAUAACUCCCGUUGAAGAACCCAAAGAUGUUCCAGACAGUGUCAAAGAAGUUCCCGAAAAAACUACACAAGUAAAGAAAGAUAUAAUAGAACCUAUAAUUACAGUUGUCAAUGAAAGAAAGAAAGAUGAUGGUGCGACGUCAGCGGAAAAAGUUAACGAAACUCUUGUGAAGGGUGAUGGUGAAGUCGAAGUUCAAAGUUCUAAUGUGUCCACACCAGCAGUUGGAAUGAUGGUAAUAGAGAAGAAAAUGGCUGAUGGGAAUGGUUCAGAUCUAUCUGCUCAAAGCAACGGCGGGCUUCCUCAAAGCACGAGUACUACUCCCAAACCACCAGUCAGAACGAAAAAAGAAUCCAAUGACACAGAAAAAUCUCCGACCCCAGAACCUCGUCCGACUCCUCAACCAGUCGAAACAAUAGAACCCCAAGAAACCCCAAAAGACCCUAACUUCUGCCAACGUCUUAUCAAAAAAUGUAAAUCAAAAUGCUGUACAUGCUGCAAAAGUGAUGAUGAGAAAGAUUUGAAAGAAGAGGAAUCUAAGGAGAAACAAGGAGGAACAACGAGUAAGCUCAACUGCUGUAAAACGACAGCUGAAGCAGAGAUGUCGGAGCAGGAGAUAAAAGAGAUGGAAAGAGCUGCGGGUAAAGCUUCAAUUCAAUACGAGACUGAAACGGAAACAAAGCGCACACGAAAGCUUCGAGACAUUCUUUGCGGUUGCUGCGGAAAUCGGCGACGCGUAGCCGAUACGGGCGAGAUACCACGCAAUGUAGCUGAGUCUAUGUCGCCAGCGCCAGAGGAGACCGGCUGCUGCGGGAAAAGGAAGAGAGUCCAGAGGAGAGAUAGCAUACUGAGUGAUCGACCUCCUUCCAGUUGCUGCAACAACCGGUUGUGCACGUGGCUACGUGGCAUGUGCCGCCGCAACUCGGACCAAGCCUCCAGCCGCCGGACCAGCAUGUUCUCCAAGAACAAGAGCAUGUCACCCACACUUCCCCCCGAGGACAACCGUAGGAAGCUGGACACGUCAUUAGUGGAACACACAAGUAUGAUGCGAGGGGCUAUACCUGUGUUGCCGAUUGUUUUGGCGUACUUCUGUCUCAUCUGCAACAUUAUUGUUCCUGGUCUUGGUACAAUAUUCAGCGGCAUGUUCUGCCUUUGCUUCGGUAUACCCAGGUUCGGUGUUCACGAUGGUGCGAAAUACAGAAUAGGAUCGUUCAUCAUUAAUCUACUGGUGGGUUGCGGUCAGCUGUUCACAGUGCUGUUCUGUCUGGUGGGAUGGGGGUGGUCCAUCUGGUGGGGCGUCAUUAUGGUGAAGACUUCACGUAAAUACCGUAAACUAAAACGAGAAGCUGAGGCAGCGGAAGCUGAAGCUGCGCCCCCCGUCACCACCAACAAUCACACGCGCGCGUAA